AUAUAAUGUAAUGUUGUAGGAAUAUUGGUGGGCCGUCUUACUGAUGGCUAUAGGACUUAUCCUGUUUAUGGGAUUGUUCAUCAAGUUCUGUGCUGUGCACACACCCAGCUCAAACCCUAACGCCAAACCAGCCUUGAAAUUGACGGACACAUUGAGGCGACGACGCCGUCACCCAGAGCAACAGUAUCGAGCCCAGAACCACGACACUCAAUACCCUUUGAUAGUUGGCCCAUCGGGACCCCCGCCGCCAUACUCAGCACACGGAGGCCCACCACAGGGGCACAGGAAGGGAGCAGGGGCUAAAGGCGGGAGAUACAAUAAUUUAGAAAUGCGCAAAGUUUGAACCAUAUAUCAUCUAAAUUGAAUUCAUCGUAUUUAAUGAUUUUUUUAACGAAUGUACACUAGAAGAACAACAUUUCCAUAUGUGUUUUGAAUGAUGUAGUCCUUUGGUAUUUUUGAUAAUAUUACAUUUGUGUUAAAGAUACAGAUCUGUGUUCAUUUCUUUGUAAAUCAUUAUGCAAACAUAAUUCCUAUUAUGAAAAACAAUAUGACGGGAUAUUGGGGUUUCAAUUGUUCAUUAUUUUUUAAUAAAUUAUUUCCUUCUGUAUUUUGGUAGAAUGAUAUUACAUUGAGGCAUUUUUGAUUGUUAAGGUCAGGCGACACGUUCCUCAAUUUUAUAUAACUUUUUCCAGGAAUUUGUUGAUGGUUUACAACUAUUUUGACAAGCUUUCUUGCAAAAAAUUAGGGUUCCUUACAAGGCAUUUCUACAAAAUACUAGAGUAUGCAAUUUCCUAUAUAAUCUUCUUGGAAAUACACUCGAAUUGCUGAUGUAAAAAUAAAUACAUAUACAGCACAGCAAAAUUCACUAUAGAGGAACUCUAUCUCGGCCGGAGCAGGGAUUUGAACUCACGACCUCCAGAACAUGUACGCUUCUGGCAGUGAGCGGCCACGGUUCUAACCACUCGGCCAUCUAGACACAUAACCACAUGUAAUUAAAUAUUAAUCAUUUUUUAAAUAAUUAUAAAAUUAAUAAUUUUAUUGGAACUCUCUAUAACGAGGAGAUACAAAAAAGAUUCUCGAAGAACGUGUCGUCUGACCUUAAUUUUUUGGAGUUUUUGUGCUCAUGCAUACAGUGUUGGUUAUUGUUUACUUCAGUUUGAAUCAUGUUAUAAAAUAAAAGGCUAUACUAAUCAUUGUAAUGUAAGCAAAUGUACGUUAAAAAUGUGAUCCAUUGUUUCAAUCAAGGCAAAUAUCUUCGUUAUUAAUUGCACUAAUAGUAUAACUAUGUUUAGAUGAUGGCCUAUCGAGUUAAUGUAAAUCAUUUAUGCCCUUUCUUAUGGAUUAGAAAUAUCAGGUUUUUCCAUUGUGUGCUAUUGAACUGACUGGAGCAGAAUGACCGCACCUUGGAAUGUGACGUAACAAUGGUAUAUGUAUUCUAUUGGUCGUUCUAUUUCCUAGCAUAAUUUGUGUUAAAAGGUUCCAGCUUUUCGUGGACUCUAUCUAACCAUCAUUUUCCUUUAUUUAUACAUAUCUUUGAAAGUGGGUUUUUGCCACUUAAUUUGUAAACGUUUGUUUUAAUUAUUUUAACUCUAUCUAUAAACCAUUUUAAGUUGUUAACAGUUCUUUAAAUAUUUCUUACGUCUGUUUGUGUCUUUACUGAGUACAGUAUACGUACAUUUAAGGUACGUGACAAGUCCCUUACAGAAUGCUAGUCACGUUAUCAUAUCCUUGUCAACUUUCAGUAGCAGCACUGUAGGAGCACAAAGAACUGACACAAGUAGAAACUGCAAUAUAUCCUCUAUUUUAAUUGUAUGCUAUUCAGAAAUACAUUUAACCAAUGUUGAUGAUGUACAGGCGAUAUGUAACUACAUUUUUUAACAAUUGUUUUCACUUUAUUUCCCCCUUUCUAUUUAUUUUAUUUCAUCGCAACUGUAGCCUAAAGAAAAGGACUGGAAUGUUUUGUUGGUUUUUUUUUGCCUGGGUCGUCAAAUGAUUCUUCAAUCGCCGUAAAAAUAAUACAUGUUUGACCUCCUCUCCCAGAGUUUUAACUGUUUCAUAUAUCCCUAUGAUGAAAGUCCCAGGACAUCUACUUAGUGACUUAAUGGUUUAACACAUGUUGUCAUCUAGCCACCUACAAAACCAAGCACCUGCUAAUGAUGCUAGUUAUUUAUUUUGCUUAGUGCCAUUCACAGGACGAAUUACCAAUCUAUAAAUAUGUAUUGUUAUAUGGGAAGUUGUCUAUGUUAAAACAAGAAAUUAUCUGUGUGUUUUAAAAGUCAAUGAGAUCAGUUAUUUUGGAUAUAAAUAUGGGUCGGCUUCAUUAUUCAACAGAAUGGAGACAAAAGGAGAGAUUGUAACUUUAUGUUCCUUAGAAAUUUAGUUUAGAUCCAAGAUCGGGAGUCAAUAGAUCGCUUUAAUAUAAUUAGCUAUUUUCAUCAGUUUAGGUUCCCCUCCUGUUAAUUUUUUUUGCAUUGUGAGAAUCUCGUGCAUUGUUUAAAUCGCUUUAUUCAAUCUUCUAUAGAUUUUGAUUGAUCAUGGAAUGUUACGAUUCUUCUCUUUUGCUUAAGGUGGUAUGAGACACCUCCAUAUUGUGACGUACUAUAGAAAGAAAUGUAAAGGUUCAUACUUUUAUCAACAGUAAUAUCGACAGGUCUUCCAUACCACCUUAACAUGUUUGUACUUUUAUUUUCUCUUUGGUUGGUGCUGAUGAUGUUUUGUUCAUUUACAAUGUAAUUAACGUAACAAAUGUGUAUCACCUCCUCCAUUUAUUAAAUCCUGUGAAUUAACCCAGUGUUUUGUAAAGAAAAGGUUGAGAUGCAUUCUGUUUUAAAUGUAACGCAUACUUGUAAACAUUGUUAUGAAACUUUCCUUGAGAGCUGUUGAACAUAGAAAAAAAAUUACUAAAAUGACACUAAUUUGCUGUAAAACAUUGUGUUAUUUAUUUAACUUAAAGUUUGUUUCGUCAUGUUUAUUCUUCGCUGUCAGACAUUUAUUUUACUGGAAACAAUAAAACAAAAUCAUAUGAAAAGGGUUUCUUUUUAUUGAUUGUCUAAAAAAAGGGUAUUGAAAUAUUACCAAAAAAUAGUUAUAUUGUAAAGUAAUAUAGGUAACACAAAAUAAAGAAUUAAUAAACGAGGGAAAAUUCGAACAGAAUAAAUGCAAAUGGCAAAUAUUUAAAUUGAAAACAUUCUUGAUUUUUAUGAUUCAUAACUGGUGUUUAUAUUUGCACAUCAAUGAAAUAUUUGAUAUAUCUAUUGGUAUAUUUUUUUAUUUUUUACAAUAUUACGUAAAUAGUUAAGGACGAAAUGGUUUAUAUAUGUAUUAAUGUUUUUUCUUAAUACUGUAUUACGUACAUAGUUUGGCUGGUCGUGAUCUGGACAAUGGAUUUACGUCAGACCGUGGAAGAUGGUCAUCUAUAAAGGUCGUUCACCUACUUUUACUUUUACAAUUACUUUUAAUGUAGGGUUAUAAUUAUGGUUUGUUAUUUUUCAUUUAUGAAUUGUGUAUUUGUUAGAAAUCGAUUGAUUCAAAAAAAUUUAAAUAAACAAUAAAGAUACAUUCCUGGGA